CCCGGCCCCUCGCCGUUACUCCGCACCGACACGUCAAGCCUAGUAGGUCCUAGCAGGUGAGUAAGACGGAUAGACCCUGUGGUUGUGAGUGGGAUACUUUUUCGACGGAUUUGCACUGAAAAAAAAGAUGGAUUAUUUUUGUUAUUCAAAACUGGGUGUAACCUUUGAGUGUUUCUUUUAUAUCUGCUGUUUUAAAAUUUGUGAGUUUAUUCCUGCCCGGACGCAGCAGCCAAUUUCCGUUUCCGCCUUCGUGUCCGGUCGUGGGGGUGGUCGCGGCGGGGCGAGCCGGUAGGGAGUAGCAGGGCUGAGGCUCUGCGUUUGGCCGCACCGCCGCCAUGGAAACGUUGUACCGCCUGCCCUUCGCCGUGCUCGAGUGCCCCAACAUCAAGCUGAAGCGGCCGAGCUGGGUGCACAUGCCCUCGGCCAUGACCGUGUACGCGCUGGUGGUGGUGUCCUAUUUUCUCAUCACCGGAGGGAUUAUCUAUGACGUGAUUGUGGAGCCUCCGAGCGUGGGGUCGAUGACAGACGAGCACGGGCAUCAGAGGCCGGUGGCCUUCCUGGCAUACAGAGUAAAUGGCCAAUAUAUUAUGGAAGGGCUUGCAUCCAGCUUCCUCUUCACAAUGGGUGGCCUAGGAUUCAUAAUUCUGGAUCGAUCCAAUGCACCAAAUAUCCCCAAGCUGAACAGAUUUCUUUUGCUCUUCAUUGGAUUUGUCAGUGUGCUUUUGAGCUUCUUCAUGGCCAGAGUCUUCAUGAGGAUGAAAUUACCGGGCUACUUGAUGGGUUAAUACCUCUUGUGAUGUCUGAGCUGAAUUUACUCCUCUUCAUGAAGUGUUUAAGAAGCAGCAGCAGGAAACAAAUUCCAUAAUCACCAUCAACAGGAAAGAGAACCUGACCAUGAGAAACGACUAGGGAAACAGUGCUUUCUUUGCAAACAAACUCUGAGUACCAGUGGCUGAUUUGUAGUUUUGAAGCAAUGUUUUAUCAUUUCUGGUUUAGAGCUUUUGAAAAGGGCAAGUUUCCUAGCUGGGUUUUUGUUUUAUAUCCCAACUCAGUAUGGAACACAGAACCUGUAUUUAGCUCUACCCAAAAUGAGUAUUAGCCAUUGGCUUCUCAGUUCUUUGUUUCAGGCCUGUCUCGUCUUCCCAUUGUGGGACAAUUGUACGUGUGAAUCUGAGAAGAAACACCUGCAGCGUUUCUUUCCAAGUUAUAAUUAGAAAAUUAGUAACUUUGGGUGCUUUACAGUCAAAAUACAAAUGUGUCUGAAACGAUUUCAAAGGCGCCUUUUGCCUUGAUAUUCAUGACUCUGUGAGCAAAUCCAGACAUGCACUGGGAAAGGCAAACUGUAUGAAUGUGCAUUUCUUUUUCAGAAAGCCUACAAAA